AUGGAUAGGGUGUUCUCAGUUGACGACUUCUGGCCAUCGACGCCGAUCCCCGUCUCCACCGCCGACGAGGCCUCCAAGAUGAGCCGCAGUGCGUCCGAGUGGGCUUUCCAGCGCUUCAUCCAGGAAGCUUCCGCACCCUCUCCCCCCGCUCCUUCCUCCGCCACCGCCGCCGCUCCUGCCGCCACUCCCGACGUAGUCUUUGUGGAGAUCGACGAUCAUCCCAAACCUGCUCCUGCCCCUGCUCCUUCGCAGAACGCCGCCGUUUUGCCCAAUGCCCCUGUUCCCGUGCCCCUUGACUCCGAUCAAUACCAGGCCUUCCUCAAGAACAAGCUCAACCUUGCAUGCGCAGCUGUAGCCAUGACUAGGGCAUCUUUGGCUAUAUCUCAAGAGCAACCCCCGUUUUCGGAUGGUGGAUCACAGCCUAUCGAGCCUUCUCAAUCUGGAUCUCAGACUACUUCUAAAGGAUCCAUUCCUUCUGGAAAUGAUCCAUCUAAGUUACAAGAUAAAGAUACGAAAGUACCAGUUGGGAUGCCUUCCAUUCAAAAGAAACCAGCUGUUGCAGUUAGGCCAUCAACAAGUGGAUCAUCAAGAGAACAGUCAGAUGAUGACGAUGCUGAGGGAGAGACAUCUAUGAAUGACAUGGACCCUGCUGAUGCAAAACGAGUAAGGAGGAUGCUAUCCAACAGGGAGUCUGCCCGACGCUCUAGAAGAAGAAAGCAGGCUCAUUUAACCGACCUAGAAACACAGGUUUCACAAUUACGAGGCGAAAAUUCUACAUUGUUGAAGCGCCUUACUGAUGUAAGUCAGAAAUACAGUGAAUCUGCCGUUGACAACAGAGUUUUAAAAGCUGAUGUUGAAACAUUAAGAGCAAAGGUGAAGAUGGCUGAAGAGUCCGUCAAAAGAAUUACUGGAUUGAACCCAAUGGUUCAUGCGAUGUCUGAUAUAUCAUCAUUGGGCAUGCCAUUAUUUGAUGGAAGAAGCCCUUCAGACACUUCAGCCGAUGCAGCUGUUCCUGUGCAAGAUGAUCAUCAUCACUUCUAUCAACCCGCAUCUAAUAAUCCUAUUCCCAGUCAUGAUCCGAUAGUCAACAAUGGGUUGGGUGGCAUAUCUUCAAUUGAAAAUGUGCAGCAGAACGCUGCAGCAGUGGUAGGUGGGAACAAGAUGGGUCAAACUGCUUCGCUGCAGCGGGUAGCUAGCUUGGAACAUCUUCAGAAGCGGAUUCGUGGUGGUGUGGAUCCCUGUGGACCUCCUUCCAAUGGGGAGCAUUAA